UAAUUACUUCGGCAAUUCAUAUGUCAAUUGGAUUCUCUGAAUAUUAUCAUUUCGACCUUUUGCCUUAAUUUCUUUCUUCCCUUUUCAAAAAUUUCCCCCAAAUCCGCCAUUGUUUUCUGCUCCAUUUUCAAAAUCGAUACCUCAUAAACCCUAAUUCAUCCACUAUGCGUCAAUUUUUCUGCGGUAGGUGAGGACUUUCGGCUAUUAAUUUUCUAAAUUCAUUGCCGAUGGCGACGUCGGCGUUCAGAUCGACGACCAGACGAGACACCGUCGGCGGCGCCGGCCGCCGCUCCAGAAGCGUCAGCCGGUUCUCUCGGCAGGACGUCGAGCAGGAGACGAAGACCGCGCCGAGAGGAGCGGCGGCGGCGCAGUUAUCGGAGAUCAGCUUGGACGAUCUGGCGCUGGAGUUCUUCUCGUCUUCUUCUUCGUGGAACGACAAUGGCAGCGACGGCGGAGCUGCGGGGCGGCGGGGGAGAUCGGUUUCCCGGCGGGGGGAGAUUGGGCGGUGGGCGAGCGAUACGGCGUCGUCGAGGAGGAAGAGCCGGUCCGUAUCCAGGACUCGCGGAGAGGCUUCUAGUAGGCCCGCCGCCGCCGAAGGAGGCGGCGGCGGUGGCAGGGAGAGAGGUGUGAGUUACUCCGGGCGGCGGCGGUCGCUGUCGGUCGCACGGCAUCACAUCAGCGAUUCCGAGAGUGAGGCGAAUCAUUUCCACAGCUCAAGCAAUCGCAGUAACCCGAAAGCUCCCGCAAAUGCAAAUGGCCAAAUGCAGGCAACUUCAAAAGCAACAGCUUCAAACAAUCGGAAACUCCGAAGAACUCAGAGCUACAAAGAUCUAUCGAUUUCCCAGGACGGAUACUCCAGCCACUCGUCCGCCCUGACCGAUGAUGAAUUGAAGUCGAAGGAUACACAUCUCGGCAGAAAUGGAUUCGAGAAGAUAAUCCGGCCCGUUUUUUCUCAAAAGAAGCGCGAGCCUUCUAUCGACGGUGCUGGAAAUGGCGGAUUAUAUGAAGCAAUGCGGCAAGAAUUGAGACAUGCCGUCGAGGAGAUCAGAACCGAGCUAAAUCAAGUGAUGGGUCGAAAUCGCUCACCAGUAACGCGUGUCCAUUCGUUGCCUACGGACAAUUUCGAGACAUUUCAGGACGAUGCGAGAACGAUUCUCGAUUCAAGGAGUUCGUCCGCAGCCGAGAAGCCAAUACGGGCGCGAAAGAGAAGCAGCGACAGACACCGGAUGUCGAGAAGGCUGACGGAGGAGGCAGAGAAAUACCUCGAGGAUUUCAUUUCCAACGUCGAAGACACCGACAUGUCGUCAUUCGAUGGAGAGAGGAGCGACGGAACUUCGACUAUCGAAGGGUCGAGGAUGCCAAAAGAUCCUUACAAGAGCUCCACCGCCGCUGCUAUCUCUUGUCCCGGAGAAACGGACGGCGUUGUUUUCCCGUGGUUGCAAUGGGAGACUAUUCACGACGCAUCUCCCUCGACCAAUUCCAAGAUAGAAAUACCCGUCACUCCGAAACUACUACGAUGGGAAACAGAGACGGAUACGGAGCGAAUCAUUCCCUCCGGCAGCAGCAGCCGGGGUAGCUGGAGCCCGGCUCUCUUCCAGUCUCGAGACAAUGAUGCAUGCCGAACGCCGAAAUUAGGACAUCAUCGUACGUCUUGCCAUGACAUGGAGGGCUGCCUUAAUGUGAAGGGCGAUGAGGAGCUUUUGUUCGAAGUAUAUCGGCAGCGAAGCCGGAUCGAUUCCGGCAGGCUUUUGCUGUGCACCACUGUUUUUCAUUAGUCGAGUCGAGUCGACGAACAUUGCAUUUGCAUUGCAAGCUCUCAAUGAAGUAUGCGUUUUGGAAAACUUGAAGUAUUAAGGGUUUGUUUGGAUAGGAGGGUUCAAAGGUUUUUGGAAAUUUGGAAGUUAAAAAAAAAAAAAAAAAAAAAAAAAAAAAAAAAAAAAAAGUAAAAAGUUAAUAUUUGAUUUAAUAUUUUGUAAUAAAAAAAAAGUGUAUUUGAUGUGAUAUUUUUUUAAAAAUGAACAGUGGUUUGGGUUUCCGGAUAGGGUUCGAGCUUUCGUGUUUGUUUGGGAUUUUGAAUAUUAAGUUAGGAUUUGAAUAGUAAAAUUUUUGAAUUGAAAUAGUCGUAUGAUCUGAUAUUUUAA